UGUCUUAUUUAUUAAACCAACUGCGCUGCUAUCUGAGCAUAAGUGGGAUUCUAAGAAAAUCGUAUUUUCGAUAGAGAUAUUCAUUAUAGAAAAAAUUGCGUCUCGAAGACAAUUGACGCUCGCUUCCCUGCUAUUCUCUUCGUUCUGGCGCUGAGUAAUCGACCGCGUGUAUACGGUGAAACAUAAAACCACUUAGAUCGCGUCCAUAUCUCCCAUUUUUCUUAGUUCCUCUCAUAUCUAUUUAAUAUUAUAUUAGCGAAUGCUUUCAUAAUGAGUUCGUCAAACAUAACGCCCACCUUCCAGGGCGGAGACUACGUCAAGUUCUUCGGCGCCGGAGCUCUCGCAGCAACGCUUACUCAUGGCGCCGCGACUCCUAUAGACGUGGUGAAGACGAGGAUUCAAGUAGACGAUGCGAUGAAGGGUCUUAACAUGGUUAAGGCCGGACGGUCAAUUGUAGCCAAAGAAGGCGCCUCGGCUCUACUUACAGGCUUCGGUCCCACAGCUGUCGGAUAUCUAGUGCAAGGAGGAGGGAAAUUCGCCGGCUACGAGUUCUUUAAGAAGAAGUUUAUCGACUUGACGGGGUCCCAGGAGAAGGCCACGCAACGACGUACAGCGAUUUACCUUGGGGCUAGCGCGACGGCAGAGUUCUUCGCCGACAUCGCACUAUGUCCUCUCGAAGCCACCCGCAUCCGUCUCGUGUCACAGCGCGGCUUCGCUACGGGCCUUACGUCAGGUUUCAUGCGUUUGGCUAGAGAAGAGGGCCUAAGGGGGUUCUACUCAGGGUUCGUACCGCUGCUGUUUAAACAGGUGCCAUACGCGGUUGGACAAUUCUCAGUACACGAAGCUGCUGUCGAGGUGAUAUAUCGCACUAUGGGCCCCGAGAAGAAGGCGAAAUUGACGCAGCUGCAAUCGACGGGUGUGGAAUUAAGUUCCGGUAUCGUGGCUGGUGUGGCCGCGGCGGUGCUUUCUCAUCCAGCAGAUACGUUGUUAUCGGCUAUAAAUAAGGGAGCAGGAGACCCGAAGCAAGCUGUAACAAGUAGGAUGUUCUCGCUUGCGCGCGAGUUCGGUCCUCGAAGGUUACUCCUAGCUGGCCUAGGCCCACGUAUUUUGAUGACGUGUGGUUUAGUUUCGGGGCAAUUCGUGAUUUAUGCUCAAUGCAAGGCGCUUGUUGGUGCUCCUCCGGGGAUAGAGAUUCAUAAGGAGAAAUCCUUAGCAUAGAAUUAGUUAUACUGGGUUAGCAUAUAUUAAUAGACUAUUAAUGCUAGACAAUCAG